AUGCUCUCAGAAAAGACAAUAUGGCCGCGAACUACACCCGCCAGGUCGAAUCCUCCGCUCGAGCCCGACACCCUCGACCAACCCGUGCCCUCGAAGUCGGCCUCCGACUACGUCGCAGACCGUCUGCGCAAACACGCCGAAAGACUGCGGAGUCCCUGGAGAUGUUCGUUUCUCACGCUCGCGACCAGCAUUGGCGCCAUCCUGAUGCUGUUGACCGUGGUCCACUCCUUCUUCCAUCGGCAGCAGGACCCGAAAGGAUGCGCCAUGUCGUACAUGCGCCCACGAUUUGAUCGCUUCCCGGACUUUGACUCCGAGCACACUCGCUUUGCCAGCAAGUACUCGUUAUACCUCUAUCGCGAAGGCGGCAUCGACGAAGAUGUCCGCGUCAAGGGCAUACCAGUCCUUUUCAUUCCCGGAAAUGCGGGAAGCUACAAGCAGGUCCGCCCCAUCGCUGCAGAGGCUGCAGUGUACUUUCAUGAGGUGCUGCGACAGAAUCAGCACGCGCGGAAUGACGGGAAACGGUCGUUGGACUUCUUCACCGUCGACUUCAACGAAGAACUCAUCGCGUUUCAUGGCCAGACGCUGUUGGAUCAGGCCGAAUAUCUGAAUGAGGCCAUUGCAUACAUUUUGGCGCUAUAUCACAAUCCACAACGCUCUGCGCGAGAACCGGGCCUUCCCGACCCCAAAUCGGUCAUUAUCCUGGGACACUCCAUGGGUGGUGUCGUGGCGAGGACCAUGCUCCGAAUGUCCAAUUAUCAAGAGCACACCAUCAAUACCAUCCUCACCCUCUCUGCUCCUCAUGCCCGGCCGCCCAUCUCGUUUGAUGCAGCAAUGGUCUCGACAUACAACGAUAUCAACACGUAUUGGAGAGACUCCUUCUCCGGCGUGAGAGCGGGCAAGAACCCCCUCGAGGACGUCACUCUGGUCUCUGUUGCGGGAGGUGGUCUGGACACCAUGAUCCCGUCCGAGUACACCAGUUUGACGUCCCUGGUGCCGGAUACACACGGCUUCACCGUCUUCACCUCGAGCAUUCCCAAUGUCUGGACCGGCAUGGAUCAUCUGGCCAUCAUGUGGUGCGACCAGUUCCGCAAGGCCAUUGUCAAGGCCAUAUACGAUGUGAUUGACGUUCGCCGCCCAUCACAGACACGAGCACAGCCCGAACGCAUACGCGCGUUCCGGAAACGACUGCUCACCGGAAUCGAGCCCGUUGUGGAGAAGGGCCUGUUGGAACAGGAGCCCACGACGUACCUGACGCUCGAACACAGCUCUACCGGCAUCAUGUCACACGGCGAACGUCUCGUAUUACGGUCGCUGGGUGAUGCAGGUACCACCAAAGCGCACGUCAUGCCGAUACCAGCACAGCCGUUCGUGAAAGGAAGCAAGUUCACCCUCCUGACCGAUCAGAAGCUGGACUCGGAAGAAGAUAACGGCACGCUCUCCGUGCUCCUCUGCAGUGUCUUUCCGCCGCCUGCAGGCUUCUCAGGGCUGUCUUAUGCCAUCAAUCUGGAUCCCACCAACAAUGCAGGCGGAUCGACGAGACUUGCCUGCAAGAAUGCGGUUUCGGAUGUAUCGCUGUUGCCGGCAUCGACCAACACGUCCGUCCAUGCCUUUGACAAGGCACCCCCCUUCUCGUACUUGCAGUACGAGCUCUCCGACAUUGCGGAUUAUCAAUUCGUCGCGGUGAUUGAAAAGGCGAAUGAGCGCACUGCGGGAUGGGUGAUGGCCGAGUUCAGUCUCGCCGUGGAGUCUUCGAUCAAGGUCAGCAAAGGCCACCACCAGCUCCUCCUCAGCGGUGCCACGAUUCGACUUCCUGCGAACAGACCCAUGAUGACGGAGCUGAAGAUUCCCGAGGUGCACUCGACGCUCUUUGCGUAUGCACUGGAGGUGAACAGGAAGCCGUGCAGAGGUGCUCCUGAAAGCUUUGCUCCCUUGCUCCGCCAGUACAUUGCCGAACCGUACGAGUCCAAGUACUUUGUCAACACCAAAGGGGGCAAUAUCAACGUCCACGGCCUGUCACCGUACAUGCCGCCACGAUUGAGUGCUGGCCCUGUGACAGAGGGACUGGCACUGCAGUUCUGGAUAGACCCCACGUGCAACUCGACGCUGGAGGUUUCGAUCAAGGUCGAUGUACUCGGGAGUGCGGGCAAACUGGUGAUGAGAUACCGGACCGUGUUCGCCGCUUUUCCCAUCCUGGUCGUCGCACUGGUUCUACGCAAACAAUUCAAGGUGUACGACACCACCGGAGUAUUCAUCAGCUUCACACAGAGCAUGGACCAGUGCAUCCGCACGUCGUUGCCGGCCAUCUUCAUCGCGUUGACGUUCUUUGGUAUUGCCGUUUCCAAGUCCAGCCACAAUCUCUGGACACGGCACUGGCUCAGCAAGUCCACCGGCACGUCCGAACAAACGAUUGACUUCACCGUGAAUGAUCUGAUGCUGGGCACCUCGGAUCCAUUCUUCUGGUUCUUGAUUCCCCUGUUUGCCAUCACCAGCGUUGGAAUCUGCAUUGCAAUGAACUAUGUCGUCCUCGCUCUGACGCAUACCAUUGCGCUUGCGGUGGCCAAGGUCCACUCGUGGACGCACGGCACGUCGUAUGAUGCACGAAUACCAUCGUCCCACGGGGGAUUGCUCAAUCGCCGCAACAUGACCAUCGCAGUGCUGCUGCUCCUGGUGGUCACCAUUAUCCCCUACCAAUUCGCAUACGCGGUGCUCUGCCUCGUCCAAGCCGUGACGUGCAUACGAGCCAUCAAGACCGCCCAGGAGUCGCAAACGCCACCGAGCUAUCACUUUUACAAUUACGCACAUUCGAUGCUGAUCCUUAUGCUCUGGAUCCUACCCAUCAAUGCACCUGUCUUGGUGGUGUGGAUCCAUAAUCUCACCGUACACUGGAUGACGCCCUUUUCGACCCACCACAACCUGCUGUCGGUGCUGGGCUACAUCUUGCUGGUCGAGACGAUGAGCACGAAUGACAUGAUACCGCGCGUCACGAGUCGCAUUCGCUUUUUCACCAACACAUUAAUGUUUGCAUUAGCGCUCUACGCGGCGGUGUAUGGCGUUACGUACGCGUACAGGAUGCACUACCUGGUGAACGCACUGUGUUGCUGGCUGUUCCUGGUGCAUCUUUCGAACUCCGGCUCGCUGGCGAGCCUUGCGCAGCAUUUCUCCGGCUCGCCCACGACAUCAUCAUCAUCAUCAUCAUCAUCACCUCCCACAGGGUCGACAGUACCACCCUCACGCGGCAAGAAACGACCGUGA